AUGUCCCCCCUGAGUGCGAUCAAUAACCCUGAGGACCCGCUCGCCGAGCAGGAGAAACCCAUCAAUCUGAGAAGCACCACUGAGAACGAGGAUCCUUUCAGUCAUGAUGGUGUCGGCGGGGUGAAGUACCGCACUUUGGCUUGGUGGCAAUGUGCAAUGAUCAUGGUCGCAGAGACAAUCUCCCUGGGCAUCCUGUCCCUACCCUCGGCCGUGGCGUCGCUUGGCCUGGUUGCAGCCGUGAUCCUCAUCCUUGGCCUCGGUGCUUUGGCAACUUACACAGGCUAUACUCUAGGCCAGUUCAAACUCCGGUAUCCGCAUGUGCACAGUAUGGGUGAUGCCGGCGAGGUCCUGAUGGGUCGCAUCGGUCGCGAAGUGCUGGGAACUGCGCAGCUGUUGUUUUUGAUCUUCAUCAUGGGCAGUCAUCUUCUGACCUUUACUGUGAUGAUGAAUACCUUAACUGACCAUGGCGCCUGUUCUAUUGUGUUUGGUGUGAUCGGCUUGGCGGUGUCGUUUGUCUUUACCUUGCCACGGACGCUGAAGAAGGUGUCUUGGUUUUCGAUUUCAUCUUUCAUCAGCAUCGCUGCCGCAGUGUUGAUCACCAUGAUUGCAAUCGCUAUUCAAAAGCCAGGUGACGGCCGUGUUGAUGCCGUCGUUGAAAAUUCAUUCUACAAGGCUUUCCUGGCUGUCACCAACAUUGUCUUCGCAUACGCCGGGCACGUGGCCUUCUUCGGAUUCAUCUCAGAGAUGCGCACGCCGACCGAUUACCCCAAGACCCUGUACAUGCUGCAGGGGAUCGAUACGUCAAUGUACACUAUCUCGGCGGUCGUCAUCUACCGCUAUGGUGGAAAGGACGUGGCAUCUCCGGCAUUGGGAUCGACCAGUCCGCUGAUGUCUAAGCUUGCCUACGGCGUUGCUAUCCCGACGGUAAGCCGCGCUCCAGAAUACUUGCAUGAAAGUACUGACAAAUAA